UUGUUUUUUUUUUUUCCUACGUGGUUGAGGCAUCAUGUCGAAGCUGGAGCUGCUGUUCCAACGACGAUGGCUGCUGCUGUUUAUCUGCCUUACAUGCAUUCUGCUGAGCCUGUUCGUGUUGCUGCCGAACGGUGGCGAACAUGUCCCAAACUCAUUCGUCACCGACGCCCAGUUCCGCCUCGGUCGACACGCCCUCAGUCACGGUGACCCAGCUGCCGGUUCUGAAUUCGCUGAGCUCCUCCAUGCGCAAACCACCACCAGCGACGACGACGACCGCGUGGAGCAGUUGUCGAGUGAGACUCGUGUGCUCAGUAUCAAGAACGCUGUUGGUCGGCAAUUAACAGCAACGAACAUGACGACAGAGAAAGACACGUCCUCGGAUUCAACGCUGUCGUCGUCGUCGUCGUCAUCCUCCUCGUCCUCGCAGUUGAUCGCGUGUGAUGACUACUUUGCUCGCAACAACGUGCUGCUCGUGCUGCAAUUCAACCAGGCAUUGCCGCAGUACUACGACCACGAAAAGUACUUUCGAGGUGCGUUCCGACACGUCGUCCUAUCCAUUCCGGAGCCCUCCAGCGACCCUCAAUCCAACCAUUUCGUGUGCCCCGAUGGCUAUGCGGGCAGAUACGCAUACUACUGUCUCUCAAGCAUCAUGCUGCGCUACCCAGAAUAUCGCGGUUACCUUUACGUUCAUUUCGACGUCUUCCUCAAGUUCUGGCAGCUCCACGACAUGCCAUUGAACACGAUUUGGACGAGCCAUUUCUACAAGUACCAGAACGACCCAGACUGGGUCCAUUGGGGUCGGCCAUGGGGCAUGAGAGCUCUCAACAAGAUGUACAAGCGAGCUUUGAGCGAUUGCGGUUCGCGUUCCCAUCGAUUCGAGGCGUGCCAGCUCAUCGACGAGUGGGCAACUCGAGGUGGAUCGACCAAGUUCCGCGUUGGCGAUUUUGCAGAUGUUGCGUACAUUCCCUCGGAGCACGUCCGCAACUUUGUAUGGUUCUCGUCGUAUGCCCACUUGACCAAGGUGUUUGCGGAGAUUGCCAUUCCGUUAUUUGCCAGCUUGACACAAGAGUCGUUCAAGCGGCUGCAUCCAGAGUUACCGAACGCUGCAGCUGCCACCCACACCGUGCUCGAAGGCGUGGACAACCUGACUCCCAAUACUGGAGAGUUGGCGACCUGGUUUUACGCGGUUUGCACAUCCGACAGCGUGCACUUUUGCCAUCGCACGGAUUUCCGCGUGCCCUCGUUAGCUGCCUUUUAUGAUUUGAGCAUGAGCACCUGCAGCGCGCCCCGCGUUCCCUCGACUUUAGAUCUGGAUCUGGACUACUUGUCGGACUUGAGAGCUCAGCAAUCCAUCGGCAAUCGCGCUCUUCGCGGGGCUGCUUACGUUCUGCUCCUGGUCUGCUCGUUAAUCCUGAGCGCGGGGCUUGUGUGGCUUGUGGCCCGCGCUAUCACAGUAGCUCGGAAUAAACGUGAGCACGACGACCGCGUAAAGCCGUGUGCCGCUUCAUUCGGAAAUUGCAGUGCCAUCUGAAGCGUUCGGUUCCUUGAGCAUUCAAGUUUUUGCAUUCAGUUUUCUUUAAUCUUCGUUGAUCC